AGAGGCAGUCUUGACCUAGCCGAUAUACUGUUAUAGCAUUUGCGUGGAUGGAUUGAGAAAAACCACGAAAUAUCUCAGGACAGCCGGAUAGAGACUCGAACCGAGCACAUCUCGAAUAAAACGGUCUUUAGAGGAUUACGCCAUGUUGUGGAGAUAAGGCCACCGAUGUAACUCUCAGUGGAUCGGCGCCAGAUUCUGCGGUAUAAAUGGCUGCUACUGCGUAGUGUUGUGCCUGCGGGGAGCACACGGAGUUCGCUCGCACUGCGAUAUGUCAUUUUGAGGGAAACGUCUGUUGUGCAUGGCAGUGGCGACCCAGAGGAGGCAGACGGUAUAGUUCGGGAGCCGCGCGUGGCAGUCACCGUCUGCAAGGCGAGGCAUGUGUGUCCCAGUGGCAGAUCUGAGUGGACUGUGUUGAGAUGGGGCUGUGUUCUUCACAGUGGAACCUGUUGGACUGAGGCAUGAUGACGGCCGCACUAGCUGACAUUGCUAGGUACCUGACAUGAUCGCAAGCGAGCAGUUCCUGUACAUGGUCAUACUGUUUACAUGUCUAUUAUGCUCCACAUGCAAAAAGAAUUAUACCAUCAAGCCUCGGGUAGUUCUUCCAGAACAUUAUGUCAAAGAGAUUCGUCCUCCUUCAUCGAAAGGAGAACCAGUCACAGUGGACUUCAGCAUUUAUAUUGUCGACAUCAAUUCCAUAAAUGUAGAGGAUAUGGACUUCCGUGUGGACAUGUUUGUAAGACAACGCUGGACUGAAUCCCGUCUUGAUAUGCCUGAUGAUAUCUUUGAAGAUGGUGAUGAUUAUGUAACAUUGCCACCAGAGUUUUUUGAUAACCUAUGGCAACCAGAUCCAUACAUUCUCAACUCAAAAGUCUCAGAGAUUGCUGUCCUGACACACAAGUUCUCAAGUGUUACGCUGUACCGUAACAAAACUGUGCGCUAUGCAGCUCGCAUGCAUGCUAUCCUAGCUUGCCAGAUGGAGUUUCAGCUUUACCCCAUGGACAUCCAGAGCUGUCCAAUGUUCAUUGAGAGUUUCUCAUACAACAACCAGAAACUGAGAUUGCGGUGGGCUGAGGAUGGGGUCAAGCUGAAUCCAGAACUGAAAUUGCUCCAGUACAAUGUUGGCCAGCCUCUGGAACUCAUGGAAACAACAGGGUACAUGGUUGAGAGAGAAGCAAACUUCUCACGUUUGGUCAUGUACUUCCGAUUUGAACGGCAGAUUGGUCACCACUUGAUCCAGACAUUUGCUCCCAGCAUUCUGGUGGUAAUGCUGUCUUGGUUCAGCUUCUGGAUUGGUCUAGAUGCAAUUCCAGGUCGUGUUACGUUACUUGUCACAUCCAUGCUAACGCUUGUCACCAUGUUUACAGGCCUCAAGUCAGACAUCCCACCAGUAGCUUAUGUGAAGGCCCUGGACCUAUGGAUGGCUGGAUGCAUGGUUUUUGUGUUUGCUGCUCUUGGAGAAUUUGCAGUUGUUAAGGUCCUAGAUGUCCGUUAUCAACUACAGAAGAAUGCACGAGUGGCCUCUGUUCCUAGAAUUCUACCAACGCGUAUCCAAGCGGUAGACAAGAAGACCCGCUGUGUUACAGCAUGGGAUGUGGAGACUCCUGGCAUCCGUUGCAGGAAACCCAGCCUUAGUCUUAAGAGUCAUCGAUUCCUUCAGCUGUCAUGGCUUGACCAUAAAACUGGUGAAGAAAAGAUACUUUGGAAAGAAAUUGAUCGCCAAUCUCGCAUAUAUUUCCCUGUGUUCUUUCUACUAUUUGUUGUCUUCUAUUGGCCCAUUCUGUUAUUGAAAAAAGUAGGUUAAAUAUAAUAAAAAAAUAAGUGAAUACAUAAUUUUUAACUCAUUGCAAUCAUUUGAAGUGUGACAAAUUUAUUCUAAGGUUAGAUAAAUGAACAUGCUAACAAAAUUAUUUCCAGAAAGUCUUAUGGCUCUCAAAUCUUCCCUAAAAUUUGUCCUGUGGAAUGCAGCACUACUUCCAUUGCUGUAUUACAGCUGCCCAUACAGUAUUCAUGUGUCUGUAGUAUUUCAUAUGCUGUUCGUAGCUCCAUGUAUAAAUAUUAGUUUCAAGAAAGCUACUGUAGUGUUAGAAGCUUGGUAGAUUUUGUAUCAUAUAUUUUUUUCCAAGUACUUUACUUUUUUCAUUCCUUGACAUGAUGUAUUAAUUGUGAUGUUUGUAACAGGUAUGGAGCUAUGCACUUAAAAUGUGUAGAAUGUGUUCAUAUAUAAAUUGAACCAAACUUGAAAAUACAAAUUUGAGGCUAACAAAUUAGUAUCAAAGAAGAAAAUGAAUUGUAGGAAAGAAAGAUGCAUGUAAAUUUCAGACCUUCAAAGAGAAACCUCUUCAGGUAUGCUUCACCACAUGAAGUUAAUUCAUACUGACAAAGCAUGUAUUAAUCAGUAUAUGCAAAUUACCUGACUUGAUCUAACAUUUGACUGAAACAUAAUUUUACUGUUAGCACAUUCGUUCUACAAGAGGAUCUGAAGGGACAAGAGCAUAAAUAUUACUGAAUGAAAUGUGGAGCAAAAUUAAUCUUUUACAGUCUUCUGUCAAAUGUUAAUCACAAAACUUAACUGUUUGGUGAUGCAGGGAAAUGAAGCAGACAGUGUCACUCAAAAUAACAUAUGUCGCUAUGUAUAGAAUUUGUAUUUAUGUGCAGAAAUUGAUAUGCUAAAUCAACUGCAAAAUGAAAAUGAGAAAAUUAUAUUGUUAGACAUAAAGUGAGAUAAGAACCUAGAUAAUUGCAUUACACUUUCCAUAAUCCUUUGUGUACUGUUGUUGUGGUACAUGUAACAAAUAAUUUGUCUGCAUAUUUAUGUGAUUCAACAUUGAAAUUUCCUGUAGCAUGCACAGUGAGACUGUAAAUAUAUACAUUAUCAGACUUUACGUAAAUUAUGUAUCACUGUGGACAUAACAUUUAAUUUGCAGAAAACAUAUCUCCUACCACGAAGAGAGCGGUAACAGUUUCUUCUAAAAUGCUGAUUACCACCUGCCAGACUGCAAAGUUUCACAACCAAAAUGACCACAGUCUAAAAGUUCACAGAUGAAGAUAUAUGCCACUGUGAUAUUUCUUGUUAAUCAUUUGCUAGGCGUUAUGCAACAUGUGGACUCUGGUGUUUUAGAACAAUCUUUGUCAAAGCUUCAGCCAUCCAAGAGGCCCUGAAAACUGGACCAGUAGCAGGGGUGCUAGAAGUUGACCUUAAAUUACAAAUAUACAAUUUAAUAGAAAAAAUACUUCACAGGUAUUGUUAGGGCUACGCUAAAAGCUGGAAGGUCGCGGGUUAAAGUCCCGAUGAGGUCAUUGGAUUUUUUUUCAGUUGACCUAAUCCUUCCA